AUGAUAAUCCAGUGGGGUUCUCUUGGUUCCUCUUUAGCCCGGAUUAGCAUACCAAACUUGUCCAGAUUGCCCUCCGGAAGGAUUUUCCUGUCCAUUCAUCCUCCCGUUUCGUUCAGCAUCAUUGACAGCGUUGAAUUCGCAUUCGCUAAGAGUGUAGUUGACUCGAAACCCGACAAAGGCAUACGCGCUCGUCGAUUAUGUGGUGGUGUUGUGGAGAAAUCAUCUUGGUACAACACUGUUCCGCUAUUCCGACCAGCGGGUUGUGAAGUUUUACUCUCAAGUCCCAUCCAAAACAAGGAAGCUAUUGAGGCAAAAUGGUUCCCCGCGACGCGGGCUGGUUCUCAUCUGAAUGAAUCCUUAAAUCUGGCGGCCAUUAACAACCAUGCAACUAAGACACCAAGGCUCAUUGGAUUGCAAGUGUUUAGUCAUACAAUAAUCGGUUACGAUGCACGACUAUUCCGCUCUCAAGCUUCACGAGGAACCCUGCGCAAGUUAAAGGUAAAACCGCUCCGAUCCCAAGUGGGGGAUCGGAGCCAAAUUGCCUUUUGUGUCAUCGGCCCCACCUGCCUUUCCGGCUUUCAGCAUUUUGUAUCAUUUCUUCCCGGUAUUGACAACGCCGCCAAGAGGAUCCAGCCGUUCCAAACGGCAGUCAUGUUUACGAUGUGUUCGGCUUCACUUGAAAUUCCGACAUGCUCCCCUUGCGCAAAGGCUGCUGAAUCGUGUACUUACAAAGCAACCACCCGAAUAACAUUUCGCCAUCAUCACAACCCGUCCAUAGAUGGUUUUCAGGAGUCACCAGAGGACAGCCGAGCUGUUCCUUUCCCAGCUCAUCAAGUCUGGCUAUCAACACCGUCUACCCGUGAGAUUAAUACCUAUCACGAUACUGGUUUCCCGGACCACGUACAGUCUCUUCAGGUAGCUAAAACUUGUGUAGUUGUAUUCUCAGCGGACAGCAUCGCUCUAGACCGAGAAGAAUCGCCGCAAGAAACAAGUGCUACUGAAAGGCCCCUCAACCUCCCAAGUAUUGCCAAUCUGAUUAUCGCUACAUCCGCCGAGCCACUCCAGGUGGGAGAAGCAAUUCAGAUACCAGAACCACCUGAGCCAGAUACUUCUGAGUCACUUUACCCUUGCAAUGUUGAAGAGCCUCCAUGCAAUCCUCUAUGGCCUUUGAGAGACAAACGAGAAGUCUUGCUGAUUCAGCAUUUUAUCAAUCAUCUUUCACUUUGGUUUGACUAUUGCGAUAAAGAUCGUCACUUCAGAACGGUCAUCGUGCAAGCGGCUUCGACCCACUUUGUUCUUCUCAACGCCCUUUUGGCAAUCUCAUGCAAGCAUUUGAGCCAGACACAGCCCGAGAAAUGGGUUCCUGGAGAAGCCGACGACUAUCAAGCAAGAUGCCUACAAUCAUAUAUCCCGGCUUUGGCACACCCAGGGUGCGGUCUACUUGGUCGCCUUCACAUGAUCCUGAUUGUUGACCGAGUCGAGCCAGUCCCGUCUGUCGAUGACCGGCCGUAUGGGCACAUUUUAGACACGAACAUUUUUACUCUACCGGAGUCUCCCGAUGAUCCAAACUAUAGUCUAUGUCGCGCAUGUCUGCUAGUGGCUAUCCGUCAGGAAAUCUUCAUUUCUUUUGUAGCACGUACCCCUCCACCCCGUCUUGCAGAGAGAUGCGGCAUCACCAGAACUCUUGAGCCCACGUCCGACUUCGAUUGGGCGUGGCGCAUCAUCACUUUUACUGAGGAUGUUUUGAUGUUUGCAUACGGCCCAGACGCGCGGUCCAUCGGGUCUUGGGAGAAUCUGCGCGCCUAUCUACAUCAAUGGAUGGAGAAGAGGCCGGCAUCUUUCAAUCCUCUGUGGCAAACGGGCUCUGAUCGCGAGACAUUUCCUGAGAUCGUUUUUGCCAACGAUUUUCAUAGUGACAUGAGUAUGGGCAGUGAUCACUUACCUUUCCUCGUCUACCUAGUUGCUGGCCAGCAGCAUGCCAUUAUCUGCCAGAUAAUGUUGCUGACUCACGACCCCCGUAUGCCUGUACUUGGUCUCGACAAGGCUAUGGCUUCAAAUGCUGUUGAAGAAGAGAUUCGUCGCUUGAUCCGCCAAAUUUGUGGUAUUGCACACUCGGCAGGCGAGUGGCAGCUAGCAACCAUAGCCGCGGGAAUGACGGUUGCUAUGUGUGGUCAUUUAUUUCACGAGCCUGCGGAACAGGAGAAAUUGCUUGAUAUUCUCGCAAAGUCAGAAGCGCACAUGGGCUGGUCACUGCUGAGGCAAGAAGAGAAGCUGAAGGCUUUUUGGGAAUGCAAUGCAGAGCAAUAA